UCAGAUUAGUGAAGGGGCGCCCACAGCUUUGCUUCAUAUCUUUCCAUGGUCUCUGGCCUUUCUCUUCUCCUGGGCAGAAAGGGGCUGGACUGCUUCGGAAGUUGGAGAUGCAAAGUACGGCCAAUUACCUUUGGCACACGGAUGAUCUCCUGGGCCAAGGGGCUACUGCCAGCGUGUACAGAGCUCGAAACAAGAAAUCUGGAGAGCUGGUUGCUGUGAAAGUCUUCAACAAUGCCAGCUACCUACGCCCCAGAGAAGUACAAGUGAGGGAGUUUGAGGUCCUGAGGAAGCUGAAACAUCAAAACAUUGUCAAGCUGUUCGCUGUGGAGGAGACGGGCAGCAAUAAGCAGAAGGUGCUGGUGAUGGAAUACUGUUCCAGUGGCAGUCUGCUCAGUGUGCUGGAGAGCCCUGAGAAUGCAUUUGGGCUGUCAGAGGCUGAGUUCCUCGUGGUACUACGCUGUGUGGUGGCUGGCAUGAACCACCUCCGAGAGAAUGGCAUUGUACACAGGGACAUUAAGCCUGGGAACAUCAUGAGGCUUUUGGGAGAGGACGGGCAGAGCAUCUAUAAGCUGACAGAUUUUGGGGCAGCCCGGGAGCUAGAGGACGAUGAAAAGUUUGUCUCUGUUUAUGGGACAGAGGAAUACUUGCACCCAGAUGUCUAUGAACGGGCAGUGCUCCGGAAGCCUCAGCAGAAAGCAUUUGGGGUGACAGUGGAUCUGUGGAGCAUUGGGGUGACCCUGUAUCAUGCAGCCACGGGCAGCCUUCCCUUUGUUCCUUUCGGUGGACCUCGACGCAACAAGGAGAUAAUGUUCAGGAUCACUACAGAGAAACCAACUGGGGCCAUUGCAGGCACCCAAAAACGAGAAAAUGGGCCCCUAGAGUGGAGUUACAAGUUGCCUAUCACCUGCAGAUUGUCCCUGGGGCUGCAGGCCCAGCUGGUACCUAUCUUGGCCAGUAUCCUGGAGGUGGACCAAGAGAAAUGUUGGGGCUUCGACCAGUUCUUUGCUGAGACCAGCGACAUCCUUCAUAGGAUUGUGGUUCAUGUGUUUUCUCUGCCUCAAGCUGUCCUGCACCAUGUCUACAUUCAUGCCCACAACACGAUAGGGAUAUUCUUGGAGGCUGUGUAUAAGCAGACCAGCGUGGAGCCCAGCCACCAGGAAUAUCUCUUUGAGGGUCACCCCUGUGUCCUGGAGCCCGACCUCCCCGCCCAAUGCCUUGCCCACACAACUGAGGACAGCCCUUUGACCCUGCUCAGUGAGGACAGCGACAACCCCACCGGGCUGGCGUUCAGAAACCCAUCCCUGGACGUCCCCAAAUUUGUGCCCAAGGUGGACCUGCAAGCUGAUUACAACACAGCCAAGGGUGUGCUGAGCAUGGGGCACCAAGUGCUGAGGAUCUCCCGGGCACUGCAGGACGGUCAGGAAAUGAUGCUUCGGGGGCUGCAUUGGGUGGUGGAGGUGCUCAAGGCCACAUGUGGCCGGACCCUGGAGACCACCCGGACAGCCCUCUUGUUCCUGAGCCCCAGUCUGGGCCCUGACCGGUUCACUUCCAUGACAGGGGAGUCAGAGGUGCCAGAGCUGAAGGAGGCAGGAGAGCUGAGAUCUAAGCUGCAGACUAUUAAUGAGGUCCUUUCCAGAUGUUCCCAAAAUAUCGUGGAGACCCAAACUAGUCUAAUCAGCUUGUCCUCUGAGCUGGUAAAGACCUGGGAUCAGGUACAUGAAGACAGAAGCACCCAGCAGAUCCAGUGCUGCCUGGACAAGAUGAACCUUAUCUACAAGCAAUUCAAGAAAGCCAGGAUGAGGCCAGGGUUGGGCUACAAUGAGGAACAGAUCCACAAGCUGGAUAAGGUGAACUUUGGACAUUUAGCUAAAAGACUCCUGCUGCUUUUUCAAGAGGACUGUGUACAGAAGUAUCAGGCAGCUCUCCUGACACAUGGCAAGAGGAUGAGGACAGUACAUGAGACGAGAAAGCAUCUGCGCCUGGUCAGCAGCUCAGUAACGGCUUGUAAGACGGAAGCCCAAGAAGCCCAGGGGCAGCUCAGUCAGGCUCUGGACCGAUUAUCUCAGAGGCUUUGGCAAGGCAGAAUGAAAGCAGCUCAGGAUUCUUCCCCUUCUUUGGCUGCUUAUUCCAGAUCCAUGCCGAAGGACCUGGUUCUCCACAUUCAAGAACUCCGAGAGGAGAUGAAGUUACUGGCCUUUGAUCUCCAGCACAAUAAUCAAAUCAUUGAAAGGUUGAGUGGAGUCCCACCUGCCCCAAGGUCCUUGAGAACGGAGAGUGAUGUGGUGGAAUCCUGAACCUCCAGAGGCUCUGCUCAUCCACACUGCAGGACAAGUGUGGCCCCAUCUUUUAUCUUUUACCUCAUCCUAGCUGCCUUCAGCAUUAACCACUCACUCAUCUUGCCUGUGAGUCUCCAUUACACUAUGAACUUAGAGCACCAGGGGCUGCUCCUUCUCAGAGCUUCGGGACACCCUGGAUUUCUGGGACCUCCACGUGCCAUCAGGACCUCUGCACUCUGGUCCUUGUGGAGCCCUGAUGUCUGCCUUUCAGCCCCUACCGGAGGGAUGUGGGGGAGGGAAGGGGGAGGCACCCUCUCCUGAGACCCUCAGAGGUCAUUGUCCAGAGAAGAGGGGAAGAGCCAUCUAAGGGUUCCUCAUGGAUGCUCAGCUGAGCCGCAGGCUCCCUUCCCCUGAAAGCUGCUGCCCACAAGCAGUUUACCUCUCUGCUCUGGCCUGUGUCUCCUGGAGCCCAUUGUGUUCUGGGGGAAGAGAAAAAGCCAAGUCUCCUGGCUGUUCUUAGGUCUGCAGAGGAGAGAAACAUGGCGGUCCCCCCAGAGUAAGGGCCAGAGCCCACACACUUCUCUCUGGGAGAGGCUGAGAAACACAGCCAGCCAAUCCUGCUGGAAAGAGCGCCUCGCUAGCUCGCAGAGGCCUGUGUGCUCUGAGCCUGAAGGCAAGAGAGAAGAAGACCUAAUGGACCUCGUCACGGGAAAAGGGCAUCAACUACAUGGAAUAAACGUGGCUUCACUUC